UUCUCCCCACCCAGCGGCUGCCACGUCAGCGCGGCGUCUGUCCAGGAGCGGUGAGGCCGGAUGGGGAAGGCGGCCCUCCGUGCGGAAUGGGGCCUGCGGAUCGCACUGUUCACGGCCUUUGUGGUAACAGAGCGUCUCUCUCCCUUCCAGAGGCUUAUUCAACCGGAGGAGAUGUGGCUUUACCGGAAUCCGUAUGUGGAAAGAGAGUAUUUCCCCGCCGAGUCGAUGUUUUUGAUUGCUUUUCUCUCUCCACUGUCUAUUAUCUUCCUGGUCAAAUGUCUCAAGAAGGCAGACACAACAGACAGCACACAAGCCUGCCUUGCUGCCAGCCUUGCCUUGGCUCUGAACGGUGUCUUUACCAACACGAUAAAAUUGAUAGUAGGGAGGCCACGUCCAGACUUCUUCUACCGCUGCUUCCCCGAUGGGCAAGCCCAUUCCGACUUGGCAUGCACUGGAGAUAAAACAGUGGUGAAUGAGGGCCGCAAGAGCUUCCCUAGUGGACAUUCUUCCUUUGCAUUUGCUGGUUUGGCCUUCGCUUCAUUCUACCUGGCAGGGAAGCUACAUUGCUUCACACCCCAAGGCCGUGGGAAAUCUUGGAGAUUUUGUGCCUUUUUGUCACCUCUACUUUUUGCAGUUGUGAUUGCACUGUCCCGUACCUGUGACUAUAAGCAUCACUGGCAAGAUGUACUAGUUGGAUCCAUGAUUGGCCUGACAUUUGCCUACAUCUGCUACAGGCAGUAUUAUCCUCCUCUGACUGACGCAGAAUGCCACAAGCCACUGCAGGACAGACUUACACUUCCCACUGCACAGAAGCAGCCUGGUGAUCCUUAUCAUUUUAAUAUUUAGAAAUUGAAGCUAUCUCACUGGAAAAUAAUCAGUCCCCUGCUAACUGGACCAUACCCAAGCAGGAAUUUCUGGACCUUUUUUAAAGGUACCUUUUACAAAGGUACCUCUUAAGAGGUACAGGUGAAGGCAUAAGUACUGCAUUCUGCCACCUCCCCGCCCCCACAUGAUUUUAUCAUGAGAAGUGAGGGAACCAUGAGCCAUACCUUCUGGUCAAGGGAUCUUGCAGUAGUCUUCCAGAUUGGUAUCUCAGCAUACAGUGGUUUCACAAUUAAUUUAUGUACUGUUGGAAGGCUCUCGUCACUAAGAAGCCUUUAUUUAGUCUCACUUUCUCCUAGAGCUAGAAUUAACUUACUCCUUUUCCCAUAGCUCAAAAUCUAUAGCAUGACCAUGGCCAAUUACAUUAUUUUGGUGGUUUACUUUCUCUGGUGACAGUUCCAUUAAGCCUCAAAUAGGGAAAUGUCUGAUUCUGACUAAUUUACAGCUAUUAGGACUAUCUUAUGCCAGUUGAGGCAGAUAUUGCUGUCCAUUCUGAAUACUGUGAAAAUAAGUGACUUGUAAACAGAAUUUUAAAAAAUGCUCAGGAGUGUGAUUUCUGUGCUAACAAAUGAUGCUUGUUUCUACCUCAUUUGUCCUAACUGCUCAUGAGCUGCUUUCCUUCCACACCAUGAUUGAAGAGCUGCCAAAAUGCAUCACCUUUGCCAACUGGCUGAGGCAAGAAAAAAAAAAUCACAACUAUCAUUAACUUCUGGAAGACAAGGAGAUCUUUUUUUCUAACUACUAUGGGACAUACUUUUUCUCUUUAUUGGGAUUAUCCUUUAAAUAUGACAUCAUUUUAAUAUAUAACAUUUUCAUUGUAUCUUUUUCCUUCAGUAAAUGUGAUAUUCCAAAAAAGUAAAAUGAGAAAUGUGCUUUUUAUUUUGUAUUUACAGUAUUGUUUGAGAACUGGAACGUAAGUAAAACACUUAUACAACCAAAGGAUAGUCUCAGUAUUUACCUUGUAAUUGCCAUGCUUUAAAUUCUAAACUACAUUUGCCUGUGAUAAUGAAAACCUUAUUCAAGGGAAAAGAAAUGUAAAUGUUAGAGA